AUGGGCAAGAAGCAACAUCAGUCAGAUAAGCUUUAUAUCACAAACACUGAGUGGAGCACACUCUACGGUGGAAAGAAAGCUGCAGGUGGUGGGAGUGUUCGAUUUCGUCGCCUUCCAUUCAGUUGUUGCAGCAUUUCAUUUCAACCGUUUACAGUCCCGUACUGCACCAAAGAUGGUGUUGUGUUUGAUUUGGAAAAUAUACUACCUUUUAUCAAAAAGCAUGGAGUUAACCCUGUAACAGGGAAGAAAAUGAAAACAAGUGAACUCAUCAAAUUGAAUUUUAGUAAAAACGCUGAUGGGAAAUAUCACUGUCCAAUUACUUUUAAGGUUUUUAAUCAGAAUACUCAUAUUGUUGCCAUCAGAACCACGGGAAAUGUUUAUGCAUAUGAAGCUGUCGAGCGCCUUAAUAUAAAGACGAACAGCUAUCAGGAUCUUCUCACCUCAGAGCCGUUCGCAAGACAGGAUAUCAUAACCAUACAGGACCCGAGCAGUUUAGACAAAUUUAACAUAUCCGCAUUUUAUCACGUGAAAAAUAGUCUUUUAGACAAAGGUGGUAGUAGCGUCUCCAAUAUUCGCGCUCUUAAUCCAGAGACGAAAGAAAUUCUCGCAGAGUUGAAAAAGUCUGAAGUUGAUGUACCGGACUAUAUGUACUCGAGUAAGCCCAAAGAACUGCAGACCGAAAAAGUUCGCGAUGUUUACAAUACAGCGCACUAUUCCACUGGAAAAGCUGCUGCCUCUUUGACGUCUACUGUGAUGGAACCCUCCGUAGUCGUCGAGCCAGCCAUCUUGGAGGACGACGUCGUUCGAUACGGAUACGUCAAAUCGAAGGGGUUUGUGCGUCUCAUCACCUCGUAUGGAAAUUUGAAUAUCGAACUCCAUUGCGAUCUGGUUCCGAAGACCUGCGAAAACUUCAUCAAGUUGUGCGAAUCCGGCAUCUAUAAUGAAACAACUUUUCAUCGUGUGAUCAGGCACUUUAUCAUCCAAGGUGGAGAUCCCUCGGGGACUGGACUUGGUGGUGACUCCGCUUGGGGCGGCUCAUUUCCUGACGAAUUUCGCAACAGCUUAAAACAUGACAGUCGCGGUGUUCUAUCAAUGGCCAACUCGGGUCCUAACACCAACAAAUCCCAAUUGCCAUGCCCUCAAUUAAAUAGGAAGCACACCGUCUUCGGGAAAGUUGUCGGUGGUUUGGAUACCCUAGACAAAGUUGAAUUGGUUGAAACGGAUAAGGACGAUCGACCCCUUGAGGAAAUCAAACUGCUUUCGACGCAAGUCUUCGUAAACCCCUUCAAAGAGGUGGAUGAAAUGCUUACUCGCGAGAGACAAGCACUAAAGGAAAAGGAGGCUGCUGCAGUGAACGAUCAGGAGGCACCGAAACCGGGGAACAGACGCGAGGAAGAGGCCAUGGAAGCCGCCAAACGAGCCAAGAAGAGAGGGAUUUUUGAUGCCAUGUCCCAACAAAGAACGGGUGUAGGGAAGUUUGUGGUACUGUCCUCUGAUGAUAGUAAAUCGGAUUCGAAUCCGGAGCCUACCCGAAAGAAGCAGAAAAGUGUCUUACGAUCCACGCUAUCUGACUUCAGUGCAUGGUGA